AGCCAGGGUGGGAACCCUAACUGGACUCUUCGGGACCCCCAGGAAGGACCUGAGGCCUGAGCCAUCCUCCUCUCUACCCUGCCUGCCCCCCAGGCCUGGGCAGUUGCCAAAGGCCCUGGGGGGGGGCCCAGGACUGUGGUUGUGCCCCCCACACACAAUGGGCCCAAGUUAGUCAGCCCAGCCUCCCUCAGCAUCCUCCAGGCCCAGAGGGAACCCCAGGGGCUCUAAAGGCUCAACCCACUGCCUGGCCACCAUGGAGACAAAGCUGCCCCCUGCGAGCACCCCCACCAGCCCCUCUUCCCCGGGGCUGUCGCCUGUGCCCCCACCCGACAAGGUGGAUGGCUUCUCCCGCCGUUCCCUCCGCAGGGCCCGGCCCCGGCGCUCCCAUAGCUCGUCUCAGUUCCGCUAUCAGAGCAACCAGCAAGAGCUCACUCCACUGCCCCUGCUCAAAGAUGUGCCGGCCUCUGAGCUGCACGAUCUGCUGAGCCGGAAGCUGGCCCAGUGUGGGGUGAUGUUUGACUUCUUGGAUUGUGUGGCUGACCUGAAGGGGAAGGAGGUGAAGCGGGCGGCACUCAACGAGCUGGUGGAGUGUGUGGGGAGCACCCGGGGGGUCCUCAUUGAGCCUGUCUACCCAGACAUCAUCCGCAUGAUCUCAGUGAAUAUCUUCCGGACCCUGCCACCCAGUGAGAACCCUGAAUUUGACCCUGAAGAGGACGAGCCCAACCUUGAGCCUUCGUGGCCACAUCUGCAGUUGGUAUAUGAGUUUUUCCUGCGUUUCUUGGAGAGCCCAGACUUCCAGCCCUCCGUGGCCAAGAGAUAUGUGGAUCAAAAGUUUGUCCUGAUGCUCCUGGAGCUAUUUGAUAGCGAGGACCCCCGGGAGCGUGAGUACCUCAAGACCAUCCUACACCGGGUCUAUGGCAAGUUCCUGGGGCUCCGGGCCUACAUCCGCAAACAGUGCAGCCACAUCUUCCUCCGGUUCAUCUAUGAACUCGAGCACUUCAAUGGCGUGGCUGAGCUGCUGGAGAUCUUAGGAAGCAUUAUCAAUGGCUUUGCACUGCCCCUGAAGACCGAGCACAAGCAGUUUCUGGUUCGGGUCCUGAUUCCUCUGCACUCCGUCAAGUCGCUGUCUGUCUUUCAUGCCCAGUUGGCAUAUUGUGUGGUACAGUUCCUGGAGAAGGAUGCCACCUUGACAGAGCACGUGAUCCGGGGGCUGCUCAAAUACUGGCCCAAAACCUGCACCCAAAAGGAGGUGAUGUUUCUGGGGGAGAUGGAAGAGAUUCUUGAUGUCAUUGAGCCCUCCCAGUUCGUGAAGAUCCAGGAGCCCCUCUUCAAGCAGGUGGCUCGCUGUGUGUCUAGCCCCCAUUUCCAGGUUGCAGAGCGGGCUCUGUAUUUCUGGAACAAUGAGUAUAUCCUGAGCCUCAUUGAGGACAACUGCCACACUGUGCUGCCUGCUGUGUUUGGGACCCUCUACCAAGUCUCCAAGGAGCACUGGAAUCAAACCAUCGUAUCUCUGAUCUACAAUGUGCUCAAGACCUUCAUGGAGAUGAAUGGAAAGCUGUUUGAUGAGCUCACGGCCUCCUACAAGCUGGAAAAGCAGCAGGAGCAGCAGAAGGCCCGCGAGCGGCAGGAGCUGUGGCAAGGUCUGGAGGAGCUUCGGCUACGCCGGUUACAGGGGACCCAGGGGGCCAAAGAGGUCCUCCUCCAGCGGCUUACACCCCAGGUGGCCACCAGUGGGGGUCAGAGCUAGAGUUCCCCUAGAAGGGGAGGAGCUACACCCAGCGCUAUCAGUCCCUCCAUCCCCUCUCUUGCCCAGGGGCCUAGAGAGACACACAGCUACCCCUGGCCUUGCCAGAGGGGCUCGGAGGGCUCCCUGCCUGGCCCAGCACGGGCAGCUUUCACUGUGGGGAGAGGAGGAGAAGCAAUGGUGGUCCUGGCAACAGAACUCUCAGGCCCUCGCGGCAGGACUUGACCAGGGCAAGUUUGACCAGGAAGCUGCCAUCAGGGAUCUGCCCCUGCCCCGCAAAGCUGGGCUCCAGAAUGCAGGCAGGUUCCCACCCCCUGCUCUCGGCCCAGGGCAAGGGGACUCAGUCCCUCGCCCGCCCCACCUCGUGCCAGCGCGAGGUCCUUCCUCACUCCACCAUGGGAUCCAUGGUCUAUUUAUUCUCUCCCAGCUCACCCCCAAUACAGACACUGUCCUGGGCCUGGGGCAUCCUCCUUCCCUCCCUUCCCUUGCCCUGUCCUUCCUUGUUCCCUUUUUAUUUAUUGGGCAGGGGGAGGGAUGAGGGCACAGGCAGAAGAGAUUCCCCAUGUCCUGGGGCAAGGAGGGGGUCACAGUUACCGUGGUCUGUCCCCCUUCCCCUGGCUGGGGGUAGACUUAAUAAAGAAAGAAACUCGA